UAUCCCCCUUUACUUCAGCCACCGCCACCUCCGCCGCCGCCGCCGUCGCGUCGACGUCGUGUCUCUGUAGUUGAAGUUACAGGCACUGCAAAAACCUGCAAAAAAAAAGAAAGGCUACUGUUCUUAUUUCUGUGUCUUUCUUUGUCCCUUUGACCCUUUAAUUUAUUAGAAAUUAAAUUGUAGAGAGAGAGAGAGAGGAAGAGAGAGAAAGGGGCCGGGGGUGGGUAUGUUGGAGACGGUGAAGUAUUUGAUGGGGACGGCGGGUCCGAGCGGGUUCGGGUCGAAAUCGACGGCGGAGGAGGUGACGGGGGAGCUCCGCCGCGUGACGGCGAUAAUAACGGGUGCGACGUCGGGGAUCGGGGCGGAGACGGCGCGCGUGCUGGCCAAGCGCGGCGCGCGGCUGGUGCUGCCGGCGCGUAGCUUAAAGGCGGCGGAGGAAACGCGCGGCCGGAUCGUGGCGGAGUUUCCUGACUCGGAGGUCAUCGUUAUGGGACUCGACCUUAGCUCGCUCGACUCGGUCCGCCGGUUCGCCGCCGGUUUUUUGUCCCUUAAUUUGCCGCUCAAUAUUCUCAUAAAUAACGCGGGGAAAUUCUCGUACGAGCAUGCGGUGACGGAGGAUGGAGUCGAGAUGACAUUUGCUACAAAUUAUUUAGGGCAUUUCUUAUUGACAAAAUUGCUGGUGAAGAAAAUGGUGGAGACAGCAAAGGAGAGUGGUGUGCAGGGGAGAAUAGUGAACGUGUCUUCCAGCAUUCACAGCUGGUUUUCAUCAGGGGACAUGCUUUCUUACCUUUCCAAAAUUACCCUCAACAAGAGUGAGUACGAUGGGACACGUGCGUAUGCUCUGUCGAAGUUGGCUAACGUUUUGCACACCAACGAACUUGCCCGAAGGCUCAAGGAAAUGGAGGCAAAUGUGACAGUGAACUGUGUUCAUCCUGGGAUUGUAAGAACGAGGCUUACUAGGGACCGUGAGGGACUAAUUACAGAUUUAGUGUUCUUUUUGGCAUCGAAACUCUUGAAAACCAUACCUCAGGCGGCUGCGACGACAUGUUAUGUCGCCACCGACCCGAGGCUGGCCAAUGUCUCCGGGAGAUACUUUUCCGAUUGCAACGAGGGAUCAACAUCGAAACUUGGAUCGAGCUCGGCUGAAGCUCUAAGGCUUUGGACAGCUUCGGACAUCAUGGUCUCAUCGGAUUGUCAUAUUCGCGGCGGCGUAUUGUCUGAACAGCUUUAGAGGAAUCGAAAAAUAUAUACAUACGUAUAUAGGGAUAUAUAUAUAUAUAGAUAGAUAAAAGGGUUUGAAUUAUUUAAUAUGAGAGUAGAGUUGUGAAAAUUUUCCAAUAUAUAUAUAGAUAUAUGUGUAUGUAUUAUACGUAUGUAAUUUACUGAGUCUUUGUAUAAUAUACAUACAUCAACAUGUGCUUAA